CUCCUCUCACAGGCAGCAACAGCCAAUCCGAGCAAGAUGAGGACCACUGCUGUGGCGUACCUGCUUUGCGCCCUCGUGGCGUCCGCCUGGGCUGGCGAAGUCUCCAAGGCUGCUUCUGAAGCGGCCACAACGGACAAUGACGCCAAGAAACAGGACAAGCGCGGUAUUCUCACUGGCGAGCACAGCAUCGGCGGCGGAGGUGGACUCAUCGGAGGCGGAGGUGGUCUCAUCGGAGGCGGAGGCGGACUGAUCGGUGGUGGAUCUGGCUACUACGGCGGCGGAUCUGGCUACUACGGUGGCGGAUCUGGCUACGUUGGGGGCGGAUCUGGCUACAUCGGGGGCGGAAGUGGCCUCGUCGGAGGUGGCGGUGGACUCAUCGGAGGUGGCGGUGGACUCAUCGGAGGCGGAAGCGGACUCAUCGGUGGUGGAUCUGGCUACUACGGUGGCGGAUCUGGCUACUACGGCGGCGGUGGCGCCAUUGGCGGUUUCGGAGGUGGCGGUGCCGGACUCGGAGGAGCUGGAAUCGGCCUCGCUGACGGCGGAGCCGGACUGGGAGGUGCAGGGAUCGGCCUAGGUGGAGGACUCGGCGGUGGUGCCGGCUUCGGGGGCGGCGCCGGCUUCGGUGGAGGUGCCGGCUUUGGCGGUGUCGCCGUCGCUGCUCCGCAGACGCAGACAGUGGUUCAGACUGUGAGGGUGCCCGUCCCACAACCCGUCCCCGUGCCAGUCAACCGCCCCGUCCCCGUUCCUCAGCCCGUCCCCGUCCCCGUGAGCCGUCCCGUGCCCGUGCCGCAGCCGUACCCCGUCAGGGUGCCCCACCCGGUCCCCGUAUCCGUGCCCCGCCCAUACCCCGUCGCCGUACUCCGACCCGUGCCCGUCCCGAUUGCUAGGCCCGUACCGGUCCCUGUGCCCCAGCCGUACCCGGUCCGUGUGCCCCAGCCGGUCCCUGUCGGAGUUCCCCAGCCCUACCCCAUCCGUGUUCCCGUACCUCACCCUGUCCCGGUGCCAGUCUCCACCGGUGUCUCCUCAGUUGGCGUCGGAGGCGGUCUCGCCACUGGAGGUCUCGGCGGCAUCGGAGGCGGUCUUGGAGGCGGUAUUGGAGGCGGUCUGGGAGGCGGUCUGGGAGGCGGUCUUGGAGGCGGUCUGGGAGGCCUGGGCGGUGGAGUCUACAGCUCCGGUGGCCUCGGAGGGGGCGCCUACUCUUCUGGCUUGGCCGGAGGUGCCGGAGGCAUCAUCUCGUCCGGCUCUCUGGGCACGGGACUGGUGAGCAGUGGCUACGCUGGUUCCUACGGAUACGGCGGCGGUUCCUACUCCACUGGAGGCAUCGGCUACGGUGGCAGUUCCUACUCCACUGGAGGUCUCAUCUCAGGUGGCUCCAGCGGUCCGCUGAAGGGCGUGUACGUGCCCAGCUCUGCUGGUGGGCUGAAUGGUGGCAGCGUCUACUCUGGCAGCCUGGGAGGCGGUGCCAGCAGCUACAGCAACAGCUACAGUGGCGGCUAUGGAGGCGGCUAUGGAGGUGGCUACAGCGGCGGCUACAAGAGCCACUACAAGCACUGA